AUGGGAUCGACGCGGGGUUUCGCCGCGGAGGCCCUGAAGGUGUACAAACCCACGAGCCCCGGCCAGCGCGGCCGGAUCACCACCUCGCGCGAUCACCUGUGGAAGGGCAAGCCGCUCAAGGCGCUCACGGUCGGCCUGCGCAAGAAGGGCGGGCGGAACAACGCGGGGCGGAUAACGGUGUGGCACCAGGGCGGCGGGCACAAGCGCCUGUACCGCAUCAUCGACACGAAGAGGCGAGCGACGACCGCGGCGGGAACCGUGCGACGCAUCGAGUACGAUCCCAACAGGACCACGCGCAUCGCGCUCGUCGAUUUCCUCGACGACGCCAAGGGAACCAAGCCGUGCUACGUCCUCGCGCCCGACGGGAUAAGACCCGGAUCCACCAUCGUCUCCUCCACCGACGGCGGCGUGGACAUCCGACCGGGCAACGCCAUGCCCUUACGCGAGAUCCCGCCGGGGACGCAGAUACACAACAUCGAGCUGAGACCCGGUCAGGGCGGCGUCCUGGUCAGAGCCGCGGGGACUUCGGCGACGUUGGUGAAGAAGAGCGAAGGGGGCGGCGGGUCGGACGACGGAUACGCGACGGUUCGUCUUCCCUCGGGCGAACAGAGGCUGGUGCUGCUGUCCUGCAUGGCGACGAUCGGGACGCUGAGUAACGCGCAGCACGCGAACAGGGUGUUGGGCAAGGCUGGGGCGGUUCGAUGGCUCGGGACGCGGCCGACGACGAGGGGCGUGGCGAUGAACCCGGUGGAUCAUCCCCACGGCGGAGGCGAGGGUCGAACGAGCGGGGGAAGGCCGAGCGUGACGCCGUGGGGGGUGUACACCAAGGGAACGCGCACGCGGAACAACAAGCGCACGGAUAACAUGAGGGUGGCGCGCAGGCCCACGGGUAAGAAGAAGAAGAAGUAG